AUGAACAGUUUAACUAUUGGUGAUAUUGUUCAGAAUUCAGUACAACGUGCUAUUGUCCGUUGGCUUGGUUUUAUCGAAGAAAUACCGAUAAUUGGUUUGCAAUUGAUUGAUUCGAUAUUACCUGGAUAUACUGAUGGUACUUGUCCAUUUGAUAAUAAGCGUUACUUUAAUUGUUCAAAUGGACAAGGCUAUUAUAUCUUAGAAUCGGGUUUUAUUGAUUCGUACAAAAUUAUUCAAAAGAAGAUCGAGAUUAACAGGCUUACUACUUCUGACUAUGAUUUUCAUGAAAAAGAACAGUUCGUGCCAAUACCUCUAGCAAAUGUACACACAACUCAAGAACCAAUACGAUCAUUUUCUUCACCAACUAUUUCUCAAACAGAACCUAAUUCAGAUAGUAAUCAUGUGAUAUCACCAUCACGUGGUGUUCUUAGUCGAUUAACAUUCGAACGAGAACAACGAAGAAUCCAAAUGAUUUCAUCCAUAGCUGACGAUAAAGAUUCAUUCAAUCAAAGAUCAUCCAUUGAAUCAGAUCUAACAUCAUCACGAAUAUAUCGUCCAGAAAAUUACAGGUCAACAUCCUAUGAUAAAUCUGAAGAAUCACAAGUUGAUGAAUUAACUUUACAUGAUAAUGAAAAUGAGAGUAAGAUUAAUGAUAAUGGAAAUAAAAAUAAUUGCCCUUUAGUUCACAUAGCAAAUAAUAACGGGCCAUCAUUAUCUACUGAGGAUCUACCUUCAUUUGGUCAAGAAUAUUUUCUUGAUAAUUGGACACUUAGUCGUGUAAAAUCUUUACUAGAAAAUCAAAUUCCCAUACAUAAUAAAUUAUGUUUAAAUAUAUUUGAUGAUCAAUGUAAUGUACAAAAUUUAAUCAAUGAACAAAUAACUGGAUGUGAACCUCAUAUACCUAAUGAACUACCAAAUGAUGUUUGUAUUGAACUUAUUAAAUUAUUCGAUCGUGUUGAAAUAAUAUUUCCAUCACGUGCUAUUCGUUUAUAUAAUAAUGAUUAUUUAUUAUUAGCUAUAUUAUGUUCAAAUAACCAAUGUGCUUACAUACGAACAGCAGCUGGUUGGGCAUAUGCAGAUGAUGAAUGUGAUCAUGGACAAUCUAUUGUUAUUGACGAAAUUUCACAAAUGAUUGAUUGCAUAAGUAAUGAUAUCGAAAUAAAUUCUGAACAAUGUUUACAUGUACUUAAAAAUGCAUCGUUUUUAUAUUACAAACUUGUUGAAUAA